CCCAAGCUGCCGCCUUCCUUCCCUUCUCUAUACCUCUGCCCCAAUUCGGCGCAAGACAAGAAUCGUUCUUACUAUCGUACAGUAAGCAUCUGGGUGGAGUCUCUUUGAAUACGGUGAACUUGGGACCAUUAUCAGGCGCCGCAAAAUCCAGUAGAGGUUUGCACUGAACAGAAAGGUUGUUGAUAAUGGGAAAGCUCGGGAAGAAGGCAAGGAAGUUUUCUAAGAAGAAUCUUCAGUCUGUUCUUAAGAAGCAGCGAAAGACUAAAGUUUUCUUUAAGAAGAAAUCCCAUUCAAAAGAACAACACAUUGUUGACAAACCAUUGCAAGAUACGCUGCCCUCAAAUGGCAGAGAUUCUGUAGGUGAAGCCUUCGAGGAUAUUUCUCUUGAUGCCAUAUUCCCUGAAAACUAUGAAGAUCUCGAUGCUGAUGCAUCUGAGAGUGAUGGAUUUCUUUCUGAGGAAUCAGAUGAUGAACAAAUAUCAAAGAAUGAGGGCGUGAUCUCUUUUGAUGUUGUCCAAUCAACAUUGAACAAGAAUGCUUAUGAAGAACUGGCUAUGCAAAAGAAAAAAUUGACCAAGUUGAAGGAAAAGGACGCAGAAUUUACUAAAUUCUUGGCUAGCUACAACAAAGGUCUUGAGGAGCUUGAAGAUGACGGCAUGGACUCUGAAGAAGAUGAAGCAAAUAAUAAAAGGGCAGGCCUAUUAAUCGAGGAUAAUUCCAUCAGUACCCAGGGGAAAGUGUUAACAACUUCUCUGAUUGAUUCCUUGAGUCAACGAAUAAGGAAGGAACAUGAUGAGUCUGCCCUUGUUUCCCUGUUGAAUGGGUAUGGAGCUGCAUGCCAUUAUGGAACAGAAUCAUUUGGCAGUGGCAACACUAUCUCCUACCCAAGAAUUCAGAAUAGUGAGGCUUUCUCCAGCAUAUUGAUUUUGAUGCUUCAAGAAGCUGAUAACAUAUUUCGAGGACUGCUGAAAAUAUCAUCUUCCAAUUGCAAGAAAGAGACCAUUUUGGAACUGAAGAAUACUUCCAAGUGGAAAAAACUGAGGCCAUUAAUCAAGUCAUACUUGCGAAGUACUUUACUUCUUCUGGAUCAGGUUACUGAUUCAGAUAUGUUGACAUUUGUGCUAAGCCGACUGCAAUCUUCUGUAGUGUUUUUUUCCGACUUUCCUGGUUUAUUACGCAGACUUAUUAAGCUUGCUGUUCAGCUGUGGACGACAGGUGAAGAGGGUUUGUCUUCUUGUUCCUUUUCUAUAUUGAAGGAAGUGUCUGUUAUAUUCAGCUCAGAAAGCUAUGAAACCUGUUUGGUGCUAUCUUAUAAAGCAUAUAUGGCUCAAAGUAAAACUGUGGAGGUGGUAAAUGUUAAACAUAUAGAAUCCUUAAGGAACUCCCUUGUUAAGCUAUACUCUUUGGAUGUGUAUAGAUCAUGUCCUAAGGCUGUAGUUUCUAUUCGUCAACUAUCCAAGAUUCUGAAACAAGGUUUGCGUACAAAGAAGGAAGCACUUAAACAAAUAUGUAGCUGGGAGUAUGUCAACUGUAUCGAUCUGUGGGUCAAGUUCAUUUCAGAAAACAUAUCUGACUAUGAUCUUCAAUUAAUGUCUUACACUAUGGUGAGGCUUAUAAAUGGAGUGGCUGGUCUCUUUCCGGGGGCAGUAUAUCUUCCUCUAAGACUCAAAUGCAUUCAAUGGCUGAAUCAUCUCUCUAGAUCUGGCGGUGUCUUUAUCCCUGUUGUUUCAUUGGUGUUGGAUGUUCUCGAAUAUAAAACAGAUAAGGAAGGCACGACAUCUGGAAAGGCUAUAGAUUUCACUUCAGUUUUGAAGUUGCCAAUGUAUUUUCUAAAGUCUGGGAAAUUUAAAGAGACAUGUGUCCAAUCUGCUAUUGAAUUGCUUGUGGCUCAUUUUGCUCAGUGGAGCUACCACAUUUCCUUCCCUGAGCUAGCAACUAUUCCGCUCAUUCGUUUGAGAGAGCUCCAUGAAAUGUCUACGAGUGAAAGUUCAAAGCGUGCAGUAAAGCGUCUGAUUGAUCAUGUGGAACAAAAUGUUCAGUUUGUGCAGAAGAAAAGAGACGAAGUGGCCUUCUCUCCAAAAGACUAUGAAUCCGUAGAAUCGUUUCCUCAGAUUGAGAAAUCCAAUCAGAAGAAACCUUUCGCCCAAUAUUAUAAAAGCAUCAUGGAAAAGCCGUCAAAGUUUUCAUGCGUAAAUGGAAAGUCGAAGUAAUUUUUACUUUCUACUAUCCUACUGGCUUCAUUUAACUAAACCCUAUUAUUGUUGUUUGCUUUAUAGUCCCAAGUGUGUUAGUAUUAUCCUUUGCUACCAAGAGCCUUAUUUUUGCAAACUUGUAUUUUGUUAAUUACUUAGUCCCAAUCACAGUUUUGAAACUUGUAUUUUGUUACUUUCUUCGUCUUAAUCACAGUUUAAAAUUAGUGAUUCUUUUUCUGUUGGCUAUAAGAUUUUUU